UAGAAUGCACUAUGUCUACAUCAUUGUGGAUAGAUUUAGUAAGUACGUGGGUUAGUCGCGAUGCCUGCGACAGCUAAGACUGAGUACGUAAUUAAGCUGUUCAAAGAUGACUGGGUCAGAGAUUUUGGACUGCCAAAAUCUAUAGUCAGUGACCGUGAUGUGCGAUUCACUAGUGAACUGUGGAAAGUCGCAGCUGCAGAACAGGGAACGCAGUUGCAGAUGACAUCAGGGAAUCAUCUAGAGGCGAAUGGGCAAGCAGAGCAGUUGAGCCGCGUUGUACAACACCUGCUGAGGCACUACAUCAAGCCUAAUCAGGUAGACUGGGAUGAGAAACUUGCUCUCAUCGCCAGCCUGUACAAUAACAUUGUGCACAGCGCAACGGGAGUGAGCCCGAACAGUCUGCUAUUGACCUUCAAGCCCAGACUGCCCUUAGAUUUCUUACUACCUGAGAACCAACCUUCUGCUGCACCAGGAACCUUAGAAUUUGCUUAUCGUUAUGAGCGUCUGAUGCAACAGGCUGUUGAACAAAUGCAUAAGGCUCAGGUGGCGAUGAUAGAAUUUGAGAACAAGCAUUGCCGCCCUUCUACGUUUCAGGUAGGAGAGAGAACGACCAAAGUUGCUGACAUUAUAGUAACAGCACAUUGUUUGCUUUGCUUGUCACAGCUGCCACCUAAUGUGGAGUCGGAACUGGCAGAAGUUGAUAAAGCCAAUCUUACGCUCUCAAUAGGAGGUGCAGUGCUGGAGAACAUCAUGGUGAACUGCAUUCUAGGGGAACGAAGGCCUCACCACUUUCCUUUAGUAUGACGAGGAGUCGGCUUCCUGUUUCCUGUACCCGUCCUGCAGUUGACCCUCU